AUGGUAAACUCAACUCAGGUGACAUACUUCACAUUCACCGCCUACUUUGACAGCAGCCAUUUCCAGUACUUAUAUUUCUUGUUCGUCAUGUUCCUAUAUAUGUUGAUUCUUUGCUCCAACCUCCUGCUGAUUGUGGUUAUCUGUGUGAACAGAACCUUACAUGAACCUAUGUACAUGUUUCUGUGCAGCCUGUUUGUAAAUGAACUGUAUGGUAGUACAGGGUUGUUUCCAUUCCUGCUGCUUCAGAUCCUCUCUGACAUUCACGCUGUUUCUACCUCCUUUUGUUUCCUGCAGAUUUUCUGUGUGUACUCAUAUGGAUGUGUAGAGUUUUCCAACCUAGCCGUCAUGUCUUAUGACAGAUAUCUUGCCAUCUGUUAUCCUCUACAAUAUAACACAUGUAUGACAUUUUACAAGGUCGUCGUUCUUAUUUCUCUGAGUUGAUUAUUCCCUGUUCUUACAGUUGUUGUUUUGGUGUCAUUAAUUGGUUCUUUACAGCUGUGUGGGAACGUUAUCAAUAAGGUGUACUGUGACUACUACUCCAUCGUUAAACUGGCAUGUUAUGACACCACAGUCCAGAACAUUUAUGGACUAAUUUACGGCUCUCUCAUAAUCUCAUGUCCUGUAUCUUUAAUCUUUUACAGUUAUAUAAAGAUCCUUAAAGUUUGUUUUUCUGGUUCUAAACAGACCAGACAGAAAGCUGUCAGCACCUGCACACCUCACCUUGCUUCCCUCUUGAACUUCUCCUUUGCUGGUCUUUUUGAAAUAAUACAGAAUCGGUUUAAUAUGAACAGUGUGCCCAACAUGUUGCGAAUCGUUUUGUCAUUACACUUUUUUACAUGUCAGCCUCUUUUCAACCCUGUAAUGUAUGGACUGAAUAUGUCCAAAAUUCGUAACAUAUUUAAAAGUCUGGCCCAGUGA